AUGGAUUAUCGAGCCCUUAAUCAAGAAACUAUUAAAGACAAGUUUCCAAUUCCUGUCAUUGAUGAGUUACUUGAUGAGUUUUAUGGAGCUAAGUUCUUUUCUAAACUUGAUCUUAGAUCAGGUUAUCAUCAAAUAAGGUGCAGAUUUGGGGUGACUGAGGUAGACUACUUGGGACAUAUUAUUUCUGAAGUUGGAGUGAAGACAGAUCCUACAAAGAUUUCUUCUAUGUUGGACUGGCCUGUUCCCAAAACAGUAAAAGCAUUGAGGGGCUUUUUGGGCCUUACUGGCUAUUAUCGAAAGUUCAUCAAGAACUAUGGUUCUAUUGCUAUCCCAUUAACAAUGUUGCUGAAAAAGAACUCCUUUGUGUGGUCUCUUGAAGUUGAAAGGGCUUUCCAAGAAUUAAAAGCUGUUGUUGCAAGUCCUCCUAUUUUAAGACUUCCUGAUUUUUCUAAGGAAUAUACUAUUGAGUGUGAUGCUUCAGGAGUUAGGUUGGGAGCUGUAUUGAUGCAAGACAGCCAACCAAUAGCCUUCUUUAGCAAAGCCUUAAAGGGAAAAGCAUUGUUUUUGUCUACCUAUGAAAAGGAAUUCUUGGCACUGGUAUGUGCAGUUGGGAAAUGGAGACCAUAUCUGUUGGAAUAUAAAAGGGGCAGGGACAAUAAAGUUGCUGAUGCACUUUCCAGGAAGUCUGAAGAAGAAUCAGCUACAUUGGCUCUUAUCUCUUUUCCCACUCCUUUGUGGUUAGAAGAACUUAAACAAAGUUAUGCUUUUUCUAGUGAUAUAACCAAUCUGGUUGUGGCUUUGCAGCAGGGGCAACAGGUUUCUAAGGAAUUCUCCCUACAAAAAGGGUUACUUCAGCCCUUGCCUAUUCCUCAAAGUCCUUGGCUUGAUAUUGCCAUGGACUUUAUUGUCGGUCUCCCUAGUUCAAAUGGAAUGUCUGUCAUUUUAACUGUGGUGGAUAGAUUGACAAAGUUUGGGCAUUUUUUUCCUUUGACUCACCCCUACACAACUUGUAAAGUAGUUGAGGGAACCACUUUGGCUUUUAGCUCAGCCUAUCAUCCACAAUCAGAUGGCCAAGCUGAAGCCUUGAAUAAGUGUGUGGAGGGUUAUUUGAGAUCCUAUGUGGGGUCCAAGCCAAAAAGUUGGAGUAAAUGGCUACCAAUGGCUGAAUGGUGUUAUAACACUACUGUACACUCAUCCACUGGUUUUUCACCCUUUCAGGCCUUGUAUGGAAUUCCACCCCCUCGGUUGAUUUCUUAUGUUCCAAGCACUACUGCAAAUGCUGAACUGGAUCAUCAGUUGAGAUCUAGAGAGGAGGUAUUGUCCCUUUUGAAGGAAAAUUUGAAGAAGGCUCAAGAAAUGAUGAAGUUAUAUGCUGACAGGAAGAGGACUGAGAGAGUUUUUCAAGUGGGGGAUUGGGUUUUUCUGAAGCUGCAGCCUUAUAGACAGAAGUCUGUGGCUAUGAGGCACAAUAUGAAACUGGCUCCGAGGUAUUAUGGCCCUUUCCAAGUCAUCCAGAAAAUAGGGACCGUAGCAUAUAAGUUGGACUUACCUUCUUCCUCUAAAAUACAUCCUGUUUUUCAUGUUUCCUCUUUGAAGAAAAAGUUGGGUGAUCAGAUCUCUCCUUUACCAACAUUACCACCCGUUGAUGCUGAAGGCAAUGUGCAACCUGAACCUGAGUUGAUUCUUGAUAGGCGAAUGAAGAAGUUAGGCAAUCAUGCCUCCACAGAAGUCUUGGUGAAAUGGUUAGGGGCUUCUCUUGAAGAUAGUUCUUGGGAAUCUCUAUGGAAGUUAAGGUCCUUGUAUCCACAUUUACUCGGUACAGUCCUUUAG